CAAGGAUAGAUGGGGCACAUUGCUGAUCCUGCUGGCGCUGUAGUCGUCGGCUGCAAAGUGCUCCCGAUCUUCAACGAGCAUGGCUUCGCCGACGGUGCGAUGAAGAAGAUGGUGCAUAGGAUCGACGGCAAGAAGGCCGUCGCGCGGGUGAAGGAGCUUCUGAAGCGGGCUGCUCAGGCCAGGCCUCACAGCGCUACCGUCAGUGCCAAGAAAUGGAAGAAGGUCCUGAGCUUCCAGGCAAGGGACGCAGCGAAGGGAGGGCAGCAACAGCAACAUGGACAGGCGAGCGACGACAUGAGUUGCAGCUCGAGCAAGCUGAGCUUCAAGUGGGACGUGGGCAGCUGCUCGUCGGCGUCGGCGUCAUCGGUUCUGCACUCGCCGCUGUCGUUUGUGUCGGUGUCAGCAAAGGCAGCGGACCAGGCUCUGACGCCGUCGAGAAAUCACUACUGCAUGUCGAGGCUGUCGUCGAUGAGCCAGCAGAGUGCGUCGGUGUCGGAACCGGCUAUUGCCAGUAUGUUGUACAGCAGAAGCAGGAGCCCAAAGAGCAUGGAGGAGCAGGAGGAAGAGGAGGAGGAUUGCAGGGUGGGGCAGUGGAUCACCACCGAUUCAGACUUUGUGGUGUUGGAGCUCUAAUCCAAUCGAUUAAUGAAGAUGUAGGGAGGAGGAGGACAUGCAAUGCAUGCACCUGAGUCGGCAGCGAAGAAAGUUGGGUGCACACAUAGACAUAGUCGGAAGGGAAGGAAGAUCCAGUGGUUGCAGGAGUGAAAUCAAAUGUGGAUCGAUCGAUUCAGUCAGUUAGUCAGUGCGCCAGCAAGCACUGCAGCAGCAUCUUAUUCAGAUCUGCUUGGCUUGGCUGCUCCAUGUGUGAAGCAGAAGCUUCCUUCCUUCCUUGUGCUAUGUAUGUAUGAAUGUGAGUAUACCAUAGCAUAGCAUACCAAAGAAGCAUGCAGCUGAAUCUCACUGAGAUGGUGGGAGGGAGGGAAGAAGAGAUGAAUCAAUAACUUAACUGUGUGUUGUUUUGAUAAGAGAGAUCAAUGAUCAGGUGUUGGCUGCUAGCUAGUUAGUCCAGCAGGAGCAGGCAUGCGUGUGUUUGGUUAUCGAACAAAGAUUUUUUCUAUUUUUAUUUUAA